AUGUCGAGACGGGGGUUUACUAUGCGCAAGGCUGCUGUCGGCGCUAGACUAGCGAAGGCCCGACUCCACUUCCGCCUUAUCAAUGUACAUAUUACAUCCGAGCAAUUCUCAACCCAGAUUCCAUUUGUGACGACAACAUCAAACCACAACACCCUCGCCUCACCCUCCAAAAGAAUUGACAGGAUGGGUGGUGAUCUCAACUUGAAGAAGUCAUGGCAUCCCGUGCUCAUGAGCAAUCAGAGGCGGGUGUGGGAGGAAGAGAACAAGGCGCUAGAGGAGCGAAAGAAGACCGAUUUGCGCAUCAAGGAGCUGAAGGAGGAGCAGAAGAAGGAAGAGAUUCAGCGGGAGCUCGAGGCUGCGGGAAGCCGAAAACGUGUCGAUCGUGUGGACUGGAUGUACCAGGGGCCCUCGAGUGGCCAGGUCGGGACUACGGAAGAGAUGGAAGGAUAUCUCUUGGGAAAGCGACGAAUCGACCCGCUGAUCAAGGGUACCGACCACAGAAAGUUGGAGAAGCAAGCUGCCGAGGACAGCUUUAUGGCAUUGCAGCAUGCGAAUACUCUAAGGGAUACUGCGGCUAAGGUUAGAGAAGAUCCGAUGUUGGCGAUCAAGAGACAGGAGCAGGCUGCAUACGAAGCUAUGAUGAACGAUCCGAUCAAGCGCAGGCAGCUUCUUGCAGCUGCAGGACAGGCCGAGCCAGAGAGAAAGGAGAAGCGUAGUCACAGACAUCACCACCGCCGCCAUCGGGAUAAUUCUGAGGAGCGGGCACCGGCGAAGAAGAUCAGCCUCGCGCGAGAGAUCCGUUUCGCCAAAGGAAAGAAGAAGAACAUAUUCGCGUCGAAGAUCAGCAUCGCCAGAAGACAGGAGAAGAACACACUUGCGUCGAAGAUCAGCAUCGCCAGAAGACAGGAGAAGAACACACUUGCAUCGAAGAUCAGCAUCGCCAGAGGACAAAAGAAGAUCUGCUUCGCCAAGGGGACAGACUACGAACGCAAGACGAGACGAAACACAUCAUCCGGCGAUUCAAGAUCUUCGUCUCCGAAGCGACCGAGACUAUACAAUUCAAAGAAAAGUGAAGUCGUCUAUACACCCAACGAGGAUAAGGAAGCCGAACGACAGCGAAGGCUGGCUGCCAUGCAACAGGAUGCUUCAAGCCUAGACAUUGACAGGGAGAAGCGGUUAGCAGCCAUCGCGGAGCAGGAGAAGGCUCAACAUGAAGCAGAGGAAAAGGCUAGGGCGAGGUCUUCGAAAUAUGGCGACAAGGGAGAUUUCAUUCAUGGAUUGAAUAGGAAGGCUGGUAAUAUGGGACUGGCGGAUCGGAUCGGGCGUGGGAGACAAGGACUUCAGAAGGACCAUGAAUAA